CAAAGCUUCAAGCAAAUCAAACAACUUCAGUCGCAAAAACCACAACUAUUCCAACUAAAAACACCUAAACAGAGAAAUGCGUGGAUUCAUUGUUUUAUGUUUGUCCGCCGUGGCCAUCGCUGCGCCACAAGGCUACAACUAUGACCCAGCUUCUGCUGGACGUGGUGGUGCUGUCGCACAUGGAAAUGGUGGAUUCGGCCAGUUCAGUCAGUCUUCCAGUGCUGGUGGUGGUUUCUUCGGCGGCAGCGGUAUUUCAGGUGUUUCCAGUGGUAUUAGCGGUGGACAAGGUGGCUUCUUUGGACAUGGUGGCGCUGGCGUGCAACAACAGCAAGCUGUGGUAUCAAAACGUUUCUUCAUCCAUACCGCACCUGAAGAUGCCGAAGAGCAGUACCAAGAGAAACACGUGACCGUUGGUGUGCCACGCAAGAACUACAAUGUAGUCUUCAUCAAAUCACCAAAUCGUUCGCAAACAAAGGCUUCCAUCAAGAUUACACCCGCAAUCAACGAAGAGAAGACCGUCAUCUAUGUGCUUAACAAGAAGACCGACGGUACCGAUAUUGACGCCCAAGUCUUGGAGCAGCCCGCUGUUACCACCAAACCCGAAGUAUUCUUCAUCAAGUACAAGACCGCUGAGGAGGCUCAACAUGCCCAACAAGAAAUUCAGGCUCAAUACGAUGCCCUCGGCGGCAGCAGUCAGGUCACCGAUGAGGGUGUCAUCCCAGUGAGCUCGGUCAUCGGUUCAUUGGGCGGCGGCGAUGGUGCUGGUGCUCAUGCUAGCGCUGGAGCUGGUGCUGGUGCUGGCAUCGGUGGUGGUUUCGGCGGUGGUGCUAUCGGCGGACAUGCCGGUAACAAUGCAUACUUGCCACCCAAUUUCAAAUAAGCUGAGAUAGUUUUUGUUUGUUGAUAUUUUAGUACUGUUGUUAAAUAUUUUUAUAAUCGCUUUACGCUUUGCGUUGAACCACAAAUGAAGCGCAGAGCAUUGUUGAAAUAGUUGUAUUGUUUACACUUUAAUACGCACACAUUUUUCGUUUGUCAUGCGAGUGGUAAAGAAAUAAAUAAGAUUUUUGUAUGAAUUGA